AUGUACCACGUCAACGCAGCCUCACUUGAGGACGUCCACACACGUGUCGACUACCUCCGCACCUUCAUAAACUUCACCGCAGAUGACGCCGCGGCUCUCCAUGCUGCGAAGGACGUUGUCGCGCCCUUGGUCCCCGCCAUCGUCGACACAGUCUACAUUAAGCUUCUGUUAUUCGAUAUUACUGCCAGCGCAUUCUUGCCCCGCCAGACGGGGUAUACAGGCAACGCACCCGCGAAACUCGAUGACCUCACCCUCGAGCACCCUCAGGUCAAGUUUAGGAAAGAUUUCCUGAACGGGUAUCUGGUCAAGCUCGUCACGAUGGAUUAUGCGAAGCCAGAGAGUUGGGCCUACCUCGAUAAGGUAGGGUUGAUUCAUACCGGCGCUGUUGGAUUCAAGCAUCGGAUCAGCAAGCCUGCCCUCUGGGUUGAAUAUAUUCACUGUGCUAUUUUGCUGGGACUUGUUGAGGAUAUCCUAAUCGACACGGUCAUCUCUCAUCCCACUCUCGAUAUGCCCUCCAAAACUGCUAUUUCUCGAGCGGUCAACAAGGUUCCUCUUUUUCCUUCUUUUCUAUAA